UGACGUGUAGGUGUAUCCGGUGUCUUACAACAUUUUACUUCCUUCCAGACAGACCGACACGAACAACCCAAGAAAGAAGACGUUGAUAACUUUUUAACGGUGUAAUCCUCUGUCGUGUUCGAUCUUAGUUUAAUUGUAAUAAUUCCUACAGAUCUCGAGACAUGCGGUCGAUCGUGUCUGGAUAUUAAAUAAUUAUUGAAACACGAAGACUGCAAAGCGUGGGCCUCUGAAGAAAGUUUGUGCGAGGGCCUGUAAACAACAUGUCUUCCGCCUCGCAGGCAUCCUCUAGACGGCAAUGGUGCUACCUUUGCGAUCUCCCCAAGAUGCCGUGGGCAAUGCUGUGGGAAUUCAGCGAGGCGGUAUGUCGCGGAUGUGUGAAUUACGAUGGUGCGGACAGAAUCGAGCUUCUAAUAGAAACUGCCAGGCAAUUAAAAAGCACCCAUGGGGUUUUAGACGGGAGGUCUCCCGGACCACAGCAAAGCAAACCCACCUCGAGUGGGCCAAUGGAAGGGGGGCGCCAGCAUUCAGAACGUAUAGACCGGGGGAGGGGAGAGUAUGGGGUCUCCUCUUCUCGUCUUCCCAAUGGUCUGCACAGAGCUGAAGAUGUGGCCAUAUCAGAGGGAAGCAGGCAAAGCCCCAAUCCUCGAAGGGCAAUAGUUGGAGCAGUUUCUACUCUACACGGAUCUAUCCCUCAUGCCUUGCUGGCACAAGGGUUAGUAGGAGCUCCUCAUGGUCUAUUAGCCCCACUAGGAAGCUCCAGGGCUGGAGCCCCAUCUAUUGCUGUCUCAGCUGGACCUAUAAUGGGAGAGUCUGGCAGAAGACAAGCUGUGUCCUUGGGUGUGGGGCCUAGUGCCUCUACCUUGGUGGGUCUGGAUGCUGGGGUCUGGAGAAAUGGUGAAGUAAUGGCUGAGCUGGCAGAGAGCGCCCGCAGUAAAGCUGAAGGCUGGCCCAAUCGCCCAAAAGCAGUACGAGAUGUCCUCGUGACUCUCAACGGCUGUGUCCCGUUCAACGUGCGUUUUAGGAAAGAUCAUAAUUUAAUAGGGCGCGUGCUGGCCUUUGAUGCCAACACUACUCCCGAUUUUGAGCUGAAAGUUUUUGCAGAGUAUCCCUGCGGCUCCGGAAUCGUGUACUCCCAGAUCCCAGACCUGGUCAGGCAGAUGUUCCGCGACUCGGCCAAGGACGCCGGGAAAGCGGUGAACUCUGGGCUGCGCUACGUCGAGUACGAGAAACGCCCGGGCACCGGCGACUGGCGUGGACUCACCGAGCUGCUGAACGACGGCGUGCGUCUGUUCAAGGAGCCCCCGAUCCAGGAGGUGCUGCCACAGCCCUACCCCGAGGCGGGCAUGCCCAUGGCCACCGCCGGGCGACCGGUGCCUCCCAAGGGUGCGGCGCGCCGACGCAAGGCCUCACCGGGCUCAGAGAACGGAGAGGGUGAGGGCGCGCGCCCCGAUCACCCGUCUAGAGAGGCCUGGCAGCGCAGCGCCUACCAGGGCAUGGAGCCCCUCCCGGGCAUGGCCGCCCCUCAGGAGGGCGCCCCGCCUCGCCUGCACAGCCAACCCUCGCCCAUCUCUUCACUGAUGGGCGUCGCUGACAGCCUGAGCUCCAACCAGAUGUCCCGAGAGAGCCCGGGCAUGUCCGCAGCACACUCCUCCUCCUCGGCCAACCGCCCCGCCAGCGGCAGCCCCUCCACGGCCUCGGGCUCCCAGGCGUCACUGGGGCAGGGAGGGAGCCAGGUUGGCGCCGGCAGCAGUAGCUCCGCAGCAGGAGAGCCAGGAAUAGGCGCCCAAGGUGCCUUGCUCUGCUGCACCCUCUGCCGCGAGCGACUAGAGGACACCCACUUUGUCCAGUGUCCCUCUGUCCCACACCACAAGUUCUGCUUCCCGUGCACCCGUGCCUCCAUCCGCAGCCAGGGUCCCGGCGGGGAGGUGUACUGCCCCAGCGGGGAGCGCUGUCCCCUGUCCGGGUCCACCGUGCCUUGGGCCUUCAUGCAGGGAGAGAUCUCCACCAUCCUGGCUGGUGAUGGAGAUGUGACGGUGAAGAAGGAGAGUGACCCUUGACCUCCCAGCCCUGCAGUGGUGAAUGUGGCUCGGAAAACGACAACUUAGAAAGCACUUCCUGAAUUUCUCGAGCAGAAGUCCACUUGGCUGCAGUACAACAUAUGUGCCCCUGAGCUGAAAGGAAACCAGAAAUAUCCCGAACCUUUCCCACAAAAACCACCAGACUGACGGCUCUGGGAAGUGUUCCUUUUCUUUUGUUGUAUUUCUUUUUUUAAACAAUGGAAUCUCUUUUGAGUAAGGACACACGUCUGUUUCCGUAGGGGCUUACCUCACGUCACAACAUCGCUCAUGCAUUUAAAGGCCUACUGCAAAGGAUUAAAGGAGAGACAUUUUCUACAGGAUCGUUGUUCCAGCCAGGCCAUGUAUCUCCUCUUGUUCCCUCAGAAGCCCUGGAUUGAAAGCGCAGGGCGUAUGUUUAAAAAUGACAAUCUGUUUAUUGGUUUGUUCGUUGUUUUUGUUUCCAUUUUGUUCAUGUACUUUUGUAUACUGUUCUCUGCAAAUGAAUGACACCAAUAUUGAUUGUACGUGGUGUGAAAGAAAUUACAUUAUUCAUACCAGACACUGAGUGAAUGUCCAAAAAAAUAUGGUAAAAUGAUUAGGUCCUUUUUAAAGCCAAGGGUUUAAAAAACAAAUGUAAUCACA